CUUCGUCACCAUUCAACGCGGCAAUGGCUGCGCUACGUAGCUGGCGACCGCCUAUCAAAGGUGGCUCACCUCUCGAAGACAUCGACCUGCCACCGCCCUGCGGUCUGCACGAACGAGCCAUGCUGGUAGCCUGCCUGGGCUCCUGCGCAGCCGGCACCACACUCUGCUACGCGUCGGCAGCCAUGCCUUCCAUCGAGCGCGAACCCUGGUACGAACUGCGGAAAACAGCCCCUGCGGACCGGUGGGCCGCAGACAUCCUGUUGCUUGGCGCAACCGGAGGGGCAAUUCUGUCAGGGGUCCUGCUUCACUUGACGGGCCACCGGAGCACUUUCCUGGUGUCUACCUUUGGCCUGCUCUGUGCUUGGAUCGGCCUCAUUGCUUCAAACAGCCUCGUCAUGCUGAUGGUUAGCCGUGCAGCGAGCGGAAUCUGGCUAGGCGCCAUAGCCUGCUGCUCCAGCCUUUAUGUCACUGAAGUGGCCCCUCCCAGGAAACGGGCGUUCUACGGUGGACUUAACGAGGUAGCAAUGACCGCGGGUGCGGUGGCAGCCUGCUUUAUCGACAGGGUCAAGUGGGAGUUCCAGGCAUUCCUCUGCGCACUGUGGCCUCUGGCCGUGUUGGCCUUUCAUCAGUACGUCAUCGAGAGUCCGCGCAUUUUGGUAGCCAGAGGGUGUCGGCAGGCGGCCAACAUCGCGGCUUCUCGUCUCUACGGCAUAGAUCUCCCACCCGAGCUGAGAAUGAGGACGGAAGAUCCGGCAGCCCAUCCCGUUAAUUGGCUAAGGAUGAGCCGGGUGGUGUCUGCUUGCCUGCUGCUGUUUCUCUUGCAGAAUCUGUCGUUCGUCCCGCUCUUCCAGCUAAGGGCCCUGCAGAUUAUUGGCAACCUGAUGGGAGGGUCGAACGCGAACCCGGCGGCAUCGAUGCUCCUCGCAGGUCAGACCGGCGUAGUUGCCCUAUUCGCUGCGCAGACCCACGUGGUCGGUCGUCGCUGGCUCUUGGGCGCCUCGGCUGUUCUCGUCACCGUGGCGCAUUUCACGCUACAACCACUGGAGAACCUAUCGUUUAGCACGUGGACCCCCGAAAAAAGAACAGAGCCAAUCAACUGGCACGGCACGCUAUCCAUUGCUACCCUCGUGCUCAGCUACUCAUUUGGACUGUGCCACUUGCCCCCUCUGCUGACCGGCGAGCUGGUACCACUGCGUAUACGCUACCUAGGCUCCGCACUCUUCUGGGCAACGCGCUGGAUUGUGAUGUUCUUGCUGGUGCAUUUUGAGGACAGCUUGCUGGCAGCCAUGCAAGACAGACAAGCUUUCCUCGCGUUUUGCCUCGUGUAUGUUCUGGCGGCCUGCUUCACGGUCGUCAUAAUUCCGGAGACAGAAGGACGUUCCCUUGUGGACAUUGCCAAGGACGAGUGA